ACCCCCAUCAAGAGUUAUCGAGAGAGAAAACAUAUUUUGAUUUAACACAAAUAUAGACAAAGCAAGAAAAGAUGAACCUUAAGGAGACGGACCUUUGUCUUGGCCUCCCCGGAGGGGCCGAAACCGUGGAAAGUCCGGCUAAGUCGGGCGUAGGUAACAAGAGAGGCUUCUCUGAGACUGUUGAUCUCAAACUCAAUCUUCAAUCUAACAAACAAGGACCUGUGGAUCUCAACGUUAAUGGAACUCCCAAGGAGAAGACCUUCCUUAAAGACCCUUCUAAGCCUCCUGCUAAAGCACAAGUGGUGGGUUGGCCACCGGUGAGGAACUACCGGAAAAAUGUUAUGGCUAAUCAGAAGAGCGGCGAAGCGGAGGAGGCAAUGAGUAAUACUGGUGGAGGAACCGUCGCCUUUGUGAAGGUUUCCAUGGAUGGAGCUCCUUAUCUUCGGAAGGUUGACCUCAAGAUGUACAACAGCUACAAGGAUCUCUCUGAUGCCUUGGCCAAAAUGUUCAGCUCCUUUACCAUGGGGAGUUAUGGAGCACAAGGGAUGAUAGAUUUCAUGAACGAGAGUAAAGUGAUGGAUCUGUUGAACAGCUCUGAGUAUGUUCCAAGCUACGAGGACAAAGAUGGUGACUGGAUGCUCGUUGGUGAUGUCCCCUGGCCGAUGUUUGUCGAGUCAUGCAAACGUUUGCGCAUAAUGAAAGGAUCCGAAGCAAUUGGACUUGCUCCAAGAGCGAUGGAGAAGUUCAAGAACAGAUCAUGAACAAAAAAAAAACAAGGACAAUAUGCAUUGAUUGAUUUUUUUUUGGUAUUGUUAUGAUCAUAUGUGUUUGUAAUUUUUAAUAUUGGAAGUAUAUAGGAAAAUAGAAUUGUCUUCGAAAA